GAUUUCUCUUGGAUAAUCUUUUUUUUUUUUUUUUGGAAGAAAUGUUAUAUGUAUACAUAUAUAUUAAGUCCUCAGUUUUGGUUUGCAUUUUGAUGAAAUAGGGAGUUCUUGGAUUACUCAAGCUUUUCCCUUCCAAGAAAAGAGUGGUCAAUAUACUCCGAGAUGUCAGUGGAAUGGUGAAACCAUCAAGGAUGACACUGCUUUUAGGACCUCCAGGGUCUGGAAAAACUACAUUGCUGCAGGCACUUGCUGGGAAGACCGACACCGAUUUAAGGGUAUCGGGAAAAAUUACUUAUUGUGGUCAUGAAUUUCAUGAAUUCAUCCCUCAAAGGACAAGUGCUUAUAUAAGUCAACAUGACCUUCACCAUGGUGAGAUGACAGUUAGGGAGACACUCGAUUUCUCAGGACGGUGCUUGGGGGUUGGAACUCGAUAUGAACUCUUGGCAGAGUUGUCAAGGAGGGAGAAACAAGCAGGCAUCAAACCAGAUCCUGAAAUUGAUGCAUUCAUGAAAGCUACUGCAAUGGCUGGCCAAAAGACUAGUCUUGGAACUGAUUAUGUGCUCAAGAUUCUUGGAAUGGAUAUCUGCUCUGAUAUCAUGGUGGGUGAUGAUAUGAGAAGGGGCAUAUCUGGUGGACAGAAGAAACGUGUAACUACAGGUGAAAUGUUGGUUGGACCUGCAAAAGCUCUUUUCAUGGAUGAGAUUUCAACCGGUCUUGAUAGUUCUACAACUUUUCAGAUUGUAAAGUUUAUGAAGCAGAUGGUUCAUAUCAUGGAUGUAACUAUGAUUAUUUCUCUUCUGCAACCUGCACCAGAAACCUAUGACCUUUUCGAUGACAUUAUCUUGCUUUCUGAGGGUAAGAUAGUGUACCAAGGACCGAGAGAGAAUGUUCUUGAAUUCUUUGAAAGUGUGGGAUUCAAAUGUCCAGAAAGGAAAGGAGUGGCAGAUUUCUUACAAGAAGUGACUUCCAAAAAGGACCAACAGCAGUAUUGGUGUAGAAAGGACGAACCUUAUCGACAUAUAUCUGUACCAGAGUUCGUGGAACAUUUCAACUCUUUCCACAUUGGUCAAAAGAUUGAUGAUGAACUUAGAGUUCCAUAUGAUAAUUCUAAAACUCAUCCAGCAGCUUUGGUGAAAGAAAGAUAUGGAAUCUCAAACUGGGAACUUUUCAAGGCUUGUUUUGCAAGAGAGUGGCUAUUGAUGAAGCGUAACUCUUUCGUAUACAUAUUCAAGACCACCCAAAUUACCAUUAUGUCUGUCAUUGCUUUCACAGUGUUUUUCAGGACAAAAAUGAAAGCUGGUCAAAUUGACAAUGGCGUGAAAUUUUAUGGUGCACUGUUCUUCAGUCUCAUUAAUGUAAUGUUUAAUGGGAUGGCUGAGCUUGCACUAACCAUAUUUAGGCUUCCAGUAUUCUUCAAACAAAGGGAUUUCAUGUUUUAUCCAGCAUGGGCAUUUGCCUUGCCAAUUUGGGUCCUUAGAAUUCCCCUUUCUUUACUAGAGUCAGGGAUAUGGAUCAUCCUAACAUAUUACACUAUUGGUUUUGCUCCAGGUGCCAGUAGGUUUUUCCGUCAAUUCCUAGCGUUCUUUGGCAUUCACCAGAUGGCACUGUCUCUCUUCCGCUUCAUCGCUGCAGUUGGAAGAACACAAGUUGUAGCAAACACACUUGGUACCUUUACCCUGCUGGUGGUUUUUGUCCUUGGUGGAUUUGUUGUCGCUAAAGAUGACAUCAAGUCAUGGAUGAUUUGGGGCUAUUACAUCUCUCCAAUGUCAUAUGGACAAAAUGCCAUUGUCAUCAAUGAAUUUCUUGACAAAAGAUGGAGUAUUCCUAUGCCAUUUAAUCAAUCCAUCUCAGUAGGGAAGGUUCUUCUCCAAUCCAGAGGCAUGUAUACAGAAGAGUUCUGGUAUUGGAUUUGUGUUGCAGCACUCCUUGGAUUUUCUCUGCUUUUUAAUCUCUUGUUUAUUGUGGCAUUAACAUAUUUGAAUCCUCUGGGAGAUUCCAAAUCUGUUAUUUUGGAUGAGGGUGAUGAGAAUAAGAACAGGAAGCAAUCAUCUUCCGACGGACGGCAUAAUUUGAAAUCCAUAGAAAUGAGUUCACCAUCAGCUGCUUCAAUCUUUGAAGGAUUGGAUAUGGCAAUGAAGAAUACUCUUGACAACUCAAUUCUUAGCGCUUCAGACCAAGCAUCUACAAAGAAAGGAAUGGUGUUACCUUUCCAACCCUUGUCACUUGCAUUUGAUCAUGUCAGUUACUUCGUUGACAUGCCUGCUGAAAUGAAAGGCCAAGGAAUUGAAGAGACUCGUCUUCAAUUACUGCGAGAUGUAAGUGGUGCUUUUAGACCUGGUGUCUUAACAGCAUUAGUUGGGGUUAGUGGAGCAGGAAAGACCACCUUGAUGGAUGUCCUAGCAGGAAGAAAAACCGGUGGGUAUAUUGAAGGAAGUAUCAGCAUUUCUGGUUAUCCGAAGAACCAAGAAACUUUUGCUCGGGUUAGCGGUUAUUGUGAACAAAAUGAUAUCCAUUCCCCACAUGUUACUGUCUAUGAAUCGCUUGUGUACUCUGCUUGGCUUCGUCUUCCAAAGGAGGUUAACGCUGAAACACGAAAGAUGUUUGUUGAAGAAGUAAUGGAUCUGGUAGAGCUUAAUCCUCUCAAGAAUUCUCUAGUUGGCCUUCCCGGAGUUGAUGGCCUGUCAACUGAACAACGAAAAAGGCUCACAAUAGCUGUAGAGUUGGUUGCGAAUCCAUCGAUCAUCUUCAUGGAUGAACCAACAUCAGGCCUUGAUGCUAGAGCAGCAGCCAUCGUAAUGCGAACUGUGAGAAAUACAGUGGAUACAGGGAGAACUGUGGUUUGCACAAUUCACCAACCAGGCAUAGACAUAUUUGAAGCUUUCGACGAGCUAUUCUUGAUGAAGAGAGGAGGGCAAGUCAUUUAUGCCGGACCACUUGGUUGCCAUUCUCACAAACUUGUAGAAUACUUUGAAGCUGUGCCAGGAGUUCCUAAGAUCCAAGAAGGCUACAAUCCUGCAACAUGGAUGUUGGAAAUCAGUUCCACUGCUGUUGAGGCUCAGCUUGACGUUGAUUUUGCUGAAAUUUAUGCCAAUUCUGAACUUUAUAGGAAAAAUGAGGAACUUAUCAAAGAUCUAAGCACCCCAGUGCCUGGAACUAAGGACCUUCACUUCCCAACUACAUACUCUCAAGACUUCUUUACUCAAUGCAAAGCCUGCUUUUGGAAGCAGUACCACUCAUAUUGGAGGAACCCCCAAUACAACGGCAUCCGAUUCUUCAUGACCUUUUUUGUUGGUAUCAUAUUUGGAGUAAUUUUCUGGGACAAAGGAAAUAAGAUACACAAGCAGCAAGAUCUGAUGAAUCUGCUAGGAGCUAUGUACUCUGCGGUCCUUUUCCUCGGAGCGACCAACACUUCGGCAGUGCAAUCCGUUGUAGCAAUCGAAAGAACAGUCUUCUAUCGUGAAAGGGCAGCAGGAAUGUAUUCACCAUUGCCUUAUGCAUUUGCUCAGGUGGCAAUUGAGGCAAUAUAUGUUUCAAUCCAAACAUUGGUAUACAGUAUACUACUUUACACAAUGAUAGGAUUCCAAAUGGAAGUUGGAAGGUUUUUCAUGUUUUACUACUUCAUAUUGAUGUGCUUCAUGUAUUUCACACUCUAUGGGAUGAUGCUUGUAGCUCUUACUCCUAACCAUCAAUUUGCUGCCAUUAUCAUGUCCUUUUUCCUAAGCUUUUGGAACCUCUUCUCUGGUUUCCUCAUCCCUAGGACGGAAAUUCCAAUAUGGUGGAGGUGGUACUACUGGGCAUCUCCAGUUGCAUGGACAAUCUAUGGGCUAGUCACAUCCCAAGUUGGUGACAAAUCAGACAUGGUUGAAACAACUGGAGAAAUUCCAAUAGCAGUGAAAGAUUUCCUUGAGAAAAGCCUAGGGUUUGACUAUAGCUUCCUUCCAGCAGUUGUUGCAGCCCAUAUUGGUUGGGUUCUUCUCUUCUUGAUUGUGUUUGCCUAUGGUAUCAAGUUCCUUAACUUCCAAAGGAGAUGAGAAGAUGCCACUACUUUAUUUUAUUUUCUUUACAUGAUGGUGUGUCAAUAAAUGUGCCGAGAGGGAAUUUAAUGUCUCUUGUUUUUGCAUUUUUUAUACAAAUUGUGUGUAUCUUUUAACGGUUGGGGUGCUCAUAAUUUGCAAUCAA